AUGGAAUCAAAUGGAACGCGCAAAGGGCCGCUGCCUGGAGGUCGCCAGGGCGCGUCUGGAGCUGGCGCUGGACGCGACAGCAUGCGAACCGCCAGCCGAGCGCGAGGUGCUGCACGACCACCCAGCAGCUCCUCGCAUCCAUCAUCCCCACCAGCUGGCUUGGUGUCAGCAGGGUCUUCGCGGGCUCAGCAAUCGGCACCCGCCACUGGUGGAGUACGCCGCAUGCGUUGGACAACCCAGAUGAACAGCAACGCAUUGCGGGCGUAUUUUAGGGCGAAAGGGGGAGAAACUGGAGGUUUUGCGUAUCGGGCAAGGAUGCAUCGACUUUUUGCUGAGCUGGAGCCAUCUGUAACCGUCACCGAGCAAAACCUGGCAGACCGAGUUCGGUAUAUCUUGCGCUCAAAUACAUUUGAUGUCACCGAACUCGAACGGCUACGACGUGAGGCUGUUCCUUCAUCGGGUGAAAAUGCUGCGGCUGAGGAUGCGGCGCCACAACUUGCUGAGCAAACGGCAAAUCUGGAUGCCGCCGUGAAUACGCCAGUUGUGGUUGAUUCAAACGAUGAUGGAACAGUCGCCCAGGAACUGGAACUAGAGCAAAUGAGGAGUACAUUGGAAGAGGCGAUUGUGGAAACGCGCAGUACGACUCUCGAAAAUCGACCGCGACUUCCCCGCUUAGCCCUAAGCAAGCGGAAUCGGGCUGUCGUGAGGGCUCUGAACCCAAUGCUGGUUACCUAUUUGGAAGCCAGCCGGGACCUUUGCGAUACGGACUCAAUUCUUUUUGGCGCCGCACUGGCAGUCUGCCGUAUUAUAGGUGCCAAACUUUCCACGGCUGGACGCGCUACUGGACAAAGUAGUGCUAUCCCAGCCUGGAGAAUAAGAAUUGAAGAACGUAUCGCAAAGGCUAGGGCCCUCAUCGGCAGACUGAUAUGCUUCAGGUCAGGCAAUACCAGGCCAAGGAUUGUGCGCACCGUCAGGAUGGCGUUUGCUGGGACAAAUGUUAGUUUGUCCCAGCCGGAUAUAAUGCAAAAACUGACGGAGCCCAUAGACGACCUGAAGCAAAGAAUAGCUGCUUGGGGAAAGCGGAUUCGGCGAUAUACCGAGAGGUCGACACGGUUCAACCAGAAUCGUCUCUUCCAGAGUGAUCAGAAGAGGCUCUAUAAAUCAUUGGAGCGACCAAUAGUAAGUGGAACGGGCCCUGCACCAAAUCAGGCCGACAUGGUCGCAUUCUGGCGCAGCCUGUGGUCAGAGUCGGUAAACCACAACGAGGGCCCUUGGACGGAAGUUGUGGCGAGUCAGUGUGCGAGUAUUACGCCCAUGGACCCCGUCAUCAUAACGCCGGAUGACGUAGCUGAGGCGGUCCGUAGGGCCCCGAACUGGAAAAGUCCGGGGCUUGACGGGCUGCAUCACUACUGGCUGAAGGGGUUCAUGGUGUGUCACUCUGUGCUCGCCCGACAGUUUCAAGAGGCUCUCAACCAGAAGUCGCUCCCAAGCCUCUUCACUACUGGGAUCACUCAUUUGGUUCCUAAAGAUCAGGGUGCCACAGACCCGAGCAAAUACCGCCCCAUCACGGCGAAAGGGGGAGAAACUGGAGGUUUUGCGUAUCGGGCAAGGAUGCAUCGACUUUUUGCUGAGCUGGAGCCAUCUGUAACCGUCACCGAGCAAAACCUGGCAGACCGAGUUCGGUAUAUCUUGCGCUCAAAUACAUUUGAUGUCACCGAACUCGAACGGCUACGACGUGAGGCUGUUCCUUCAUCGGGUGAAAAUGCUGCGGCUGAGGAUGCGGCGCCACAACUUGCUGAGCAAACGGCAAAUGUGGAUGCCGCCGUGAAUACGCCAGUUGUGGUUGAUUCAAACGAUAAUGGAACAGUCUCCCAGGAACUGGAACUAGAGCAAAUGAGGAGUACAUUGGAAGAGGCGAUUGUGGAAACGCGCAGUACGACUCUCGAAAAUCGACCGCGACUUCCCCCGCUUAGCCCUAAGCAAGCGGAAUCGGGCUGUCGUGAGGGCUCUGAACCCAAUGCUGGUUACCUAUUUGGAAGCCAGCCGGGACCUUUGCGAUACGGACUCAAUUCUUUUUGGCGCCGCACUGGCAGUCUGCCGUAUUAUAGGUGCCAAACUUUCCACGGCUGGGCGCGCUACUGGACAAAGUAG